GUGGCUGCUUUGGAGACUGCUGCAGCAACACUGGAUAGGAGGGACAAGUUGGAUCCCUUGGACCCAAGCAGGGGAGGAGAAGAGUUUUACCAAGUCCAGAACAGCAAUCGCUAUUGCAGGAAGUGUCCCGCGGGGAACUACGUUGCAGAGCACUGUAAAGGGCAAAACAGCUCCAGCAAAUGUUUACCGUGUAACAAAGAUGAAUACAUCGAAUACCCGAAUGACUUUCAUCAAGUGGAGCUGAGUCCCUGCCAAAGAAUCAGGGACACGCAGUGCGUCUGCAGGAACGGCACCUUCUGCUCCCCGGACCACCCCUGCGAGAUGUGCCAGAAGUGCCGGCCUCGCGACCGCCGCUGCGGUCCUCCCACCGGCACCUUCUCCGGCAUCUCUGAUGACUUGAUCAUCACCAUCGCAGCGGUGGUAGCUGUGGUCCUGGUUGUGCUCGUUUUGGUGCUCUGGAAGUGCCGCCGCUGCCGUUCCCCAGGUGGGCACUGGGACUACUUGGUGCGGCAGCUGACGAGGUACCAGAGGAGGGGUCCGGGGACGCAGGACAACAUCUGCAACGAGCGGUUCUCCCGGGAUCAGCUGCUCCCCAGGGCAUCGGGUUCAGUGGCUCCCAGUGCUCCGGGACUGGAGCUUUUCCCUUCCCCACCCUUUUUUGACAUCUUUGCCCAAGACGUGCCCUGCAAGGACUGGAAGAGAUACGGCCGAGCCCUCGGUCUGAUGGAGAACGACAUUGCCCUUGCGGAGAUGAAUGACAGGUAUUCGCUGGAGCCCUUCUUCCAGAUGCUCAACACGUGGCAGAACAGAGAAGGGAUGGACGCCUCCGUCAACACGCUGCUGGAGGCCCUGCACGAGAUCAACCUCGGAGGGAUUGCAGAGGACAUCUCCUCCAAGCUGGUGCAGCAGGGAUCUUUCCAAUACGAAGCGAGCUGA